AUGGAUAUUCAACAAAUCGAGGCUUUGCUGAAGCACACUCAGGAUUCGUUCCAUAUUUACAAGUCCACUGGUACUGAAACCAGCCGUGCUCAUGCUCAGGAACAGGCAUUGCAGUUAGCACGCUCACUGGAACGACCUAGAGAUGCUAUUCUCAAGCUGGCGUACUCUCCCGCCAUUGUUAUGGCUGUCAAGGUAGCCCUUGACAUGAAAGUCUUCCCCAUCUUGGCAGAAGCUACUUCCCCUGUGCCCCUUGCCAAGCUGGCAGCUGCAAAGCCCGCAGACCCUCUAUUAGUUGAACGUAUCUUGCGAGUUCUAGUCGCCAAUUCCGUUGUGGAUGAGCCUGCUCCUUGCGAGUACUUGCCCACCGCUCUCUCAAAGGAAUUGAUCAAGCGACCAUCCAUUGGCGUGCUAGAAUCACUGUAUGACCUUCUGCGUUUCCGUUCGAUCAAAUCUAGUACAAAUACUAACUUCUAUCUCGUCUUCAGAUUCUGUGAAUUCCUCCCCUCCUUCCAAAAGACACCUGAGUUCCUCGAGGCCACCAACUACCGCAACCCCGAUGAUCCCCUAGUCGCCCCACUUCAGUAUACACAUGAGUUAGGCAAGAAGAAUGGAUUCACUUGGCUCUGUGAAAACCCACUCGCGUUGAGCCGAUUCAAUAGUUUUAUGGAAGGUCAAAGGGCUGACCGACUGCACUGGGGCGACUGGUUCCCUGUCAAUGAACAAAUCUUGGAUCACCCUGACCUCACUUCAGAGACACCAUUGCUUGUGGACAUUGGUGCCGGUCGCGGUCAUGACUUGAUUGGAUUCCGACAGCGAUUUCCCGAAGCUCCAGGAAAAUUAAUACUUGAGGAUCUUUCCACUGUCAUUGAUGAAGUAAAUGGUGCUCAAGACCUUGCUGCGGCAAAGGUGGAUACCCAAGUUUUUGAUUUCUUCAAUGAAGUGCAACCAGUACAAGGUACUUUAUCAUUCCAUCAGUACUAUACAAUACCGAUGCUAACAAAGAAGUUUAUAGGUGCCAGAGCUUACUAUUUCAAGAACGUCAUGCAUGACUGGUCUGAUGAGAAAGCAGCUAUUAUUUUCAAUAACUUGAAGCCUGCCAUGAAGCGUGGGUUCUCGAAGAUUAUCAUGGAGGAGUACAUUCUUCCGGAUCAGAAUGCUAGCUCACUUCCUUGUACCACCGACAUGGCCGUUAUGAUUUUCUGCUCUGGCUUGGAGCGGACACGUCAGCGCUGGGAUAAUUUGCUGAAGGCCAAUGGCUUGCGCGCGUUGAAGUACUGGGUGCGCGAGGGAGAAGGACUUGGAAUUAUUGAGGCUGAGCUUGCUGAAUAA